GUCUGGGAAUAAAAGGAAAAGGUUAUAUGAAGAUUCUUGAAGGAAAUGUCUUUAUACACGGAAAUAUGUUUGAACCAGAUGAUAGUUGGAUUUACCUUGGCGCUUUGGCUUGGGAUCCUUUACUACUCUUGGAUUCUGAUGAUAAAGAAGAACUCUACAAGGUUGAAGGUAUUCAACCUCAACCUUCAAAAGAUAAUUCUUGGGAAAAAAUGUCGUGUUUGGAAGAUAGAUUGAGAGGGGAUCCUCAUUUGUCACAUUUGUUAUCUCUUGGCAUAGUUGAAUCCGUUCAAACUUGUUUGCCUGUCAAGGCUAUCAUUGCUUUUCGCAGUUAUAAAUAUUCUAAAGGUGACUACGUUGAAAAAUUUGUGCAGUCACAGGACAACAACAACUUUGAAAAGCUGAUUGAUGAAUUAUAUCUCUUGAAGAGUAGAGAUAUUCAACGACUUGCUCACUUUCAAGUUUGGAAUGGUUGGAAAGAAUUGCUGAUGCAUGUAAACUCGAACUGUGCUUCUAUGAAUGAGAAUCUUCGAAUAUUUCUGGUUUGUGGUGAUCGCGGUACUGGCAAGUCAACAUUCACGAGGACUUUAUGUAAUCAGUUACUCAAGUUCCAUAGCUGUGUUUGGUUAAUGGAUACUGACUUGGGACAGAGUGAGAUGAUGCCUCCUGGAAUGGUUUCGUUGAUGGAAAUCAAAAAUUCCUUUCAAAGUACUCCACUUACGCAUGAGACAUAUGACUCCACUAUGUCUUAUUUCAUUGGGGUGGUAACUCCGAGAGAAAGGCUUCAAAUAUAUAAAGACGCAAUUCAAAGAUUGGCUUCAGAAAUGUAUUUAGGAGCAUGUCGUACUGGAGCUCCGUGUGUUAUUAACACACAUGGAUGGACGUCAGGAUUAGGUUUAACAAUAUUACAAUUUUUGUUUCACUUGUUACAGCCAACUGAUGUGAUUCAACUUGAAAUGACGGAUAAUACUUCAAAAUUAUCGGAAGAAUGGUUUGAUUCUGGUCGUUUCAAGCAUAAUGUUCAAAAAUGGAAGUUGACACGUGAUCUUUCGACUAGCAGUAGUGGUAACGGUGGUGAUGGUAUUAGACUAAGUUCUUCAGAAAAAAGACAUCUUCAGUUGUUUGCUUAUUUUUGUCCAGAAUCAGUAUUUUUCCUUUCACCUCCUUCCUCAGCUGUUUCUCAAACAGUCGCCUAUUAUAUUGGCAAUCAUUUUGCGCAACUUCCCGUUUAUCAAGUCUUGGUUAGAGACAUGCAGGUCUAUUCUAUCGAUGGUGAAGUGAAUAUGGAGCAUAUGGAAGCUUUAUUGCUUGGUGUUGUAGUUGGCCUUUGUUGGAAUGUGGAAAAAACCGAUUCUUUAAAAGAAUGUGAACCUUUGCGAUGUUAUGGAUUAGGUCUUGUCAAAGCCAUAGAACGAGACAGAACCAUAUUGUAUAUUUCAACUCCUGUUUGUGAAAGUAAGCUCAAACAAGUAAAUACUUUGGUUGUUAGUCGUUUUAUUCAAUUAUCUCCGGCAGCUUAUCUUUGGACGGGACCAACAGAACCUCACUUUGUCUCAUGGGAUGGUCUCUCUUAUGCAUCUUCUGAAAUGAGAAGUCGCAAUAAUAUUCCUCGAAAGCGUUUGUUAAAUAAGAAAGAUAACGAAAAAUGACUAUCAAGUCAUGAAUUUUUCAACUAUUGCAGGUAAAGUAAGACAGUACCAUGUACAAGUAUUGUGAUCAGUACUGCCUGAUACCAACAGAUGAUGAGGAACAAGUUGAAUGUGCUUAAUAGCUAUGUUUUCUAAAUAUAUUCUUGUCAAAGGAUGUACGUAUCUCGAUGGCAAACAAUCUUCAAGCAGCCAAAACAAAAUAGUCCCAUCCCAUGAAGCACUAAUCAACACCUUGUGAUUGGUACUUAUUUCGAGGCAAGUUAUAUAGGAAAAAUGUUGAUACAACUCACACGAUGGCAAAAAAGAAGAGUUGGUUGGAAAGGAAUCCACUUGCCGAAAGAUGCGUAUCGUGUCAUCUUGGCCACAUGAAAUAAUAAAAUGAUCGGUUAGAAUACUAUCCAGAAUUUGACCAUAUGAAUUGUCUAUGGAAAUGAUUGAUGUUGAGAGAUGGACUGAUUCUUCAGGGUUCAUGAAUGGAAAAAGUUGUUCUCGAAUAGUAAAGAAAUGGAGUUUGUU